UGUCAGAGUGUUAGCCGUUAGCUGCUAUCGUUAGUCUACGUGUAACCCCACAACAUUAGCUUUAGCAUUAGCGUCUGGCACAGGCCUCGGGUAUUCACAGCCUCACCAGCCCUGUCAUCGAUUGUUUAAUGAGGGUUUGUGUGUCUUUGGUUACCGUUAAGUCAGCUCAGUGGAUGUAUCGCCAACGGCUACAGCAGUGAAUGCAAGGGAGCUAAGCUACCAGGCUAGCUCCUGUUACUGCUGCCUGUUCUGUUGAAGACACCAGUGGUGGAAUCUAGCCUCCCGGGAGGCGAGUCCCGAUGCCAUGGCCUCCAGCCACGGUUCCUCCCCAGUGCCUCGUCGAGGCCGAGAUGGGAUGUAUCACAAGGAGCGGGACGCCCCCCCACCUGGCUGCCGGAGCAUCCGCUCCCUGCCAGACGUCUGCCCCAAGGAGCCCACAGGUGAGGGGCGGGGCCUGUGUGACGGGCCCUCCGUGGUGGCUGAGCACGACAGGUGGACUGUGUUCAGCUCCAAGGUGAACCUUCCGGCGGCGCUGAACGACCCGCGGCUCGCCAAGCGGGAGUCCGACUUCUUCACCAAGACAUGGGGGCUGGACUUCGCAGAGACGGAGGUGAUGCCCUCCUUCUGCCUGCCCAACAUCACCCGGGAACACUUCGCACCGUACCUGCAGGAGAUGGCCCAGAGGGAAAGAAUCCACGAACGCUGCAAGACGAUCUGUCCCAACAAAGACGAUGUGGAAGCUGUCUCCAGUAACGCCUCCAACCACGAUAAAUCCAAAGCUGAGCUGGAACAAGUCCCGAAGAUCUUCAUGAAGCCUGAGUUUGCUCUGGAGGAUCCGUCCACUUUCAACAGCGUGCUGCCCUGGUCGCACUUCAACAGCGCCGGGGGGAAGAGCAGCAGAGACAUUGCGUCCUCCAAACUCCUGCAGGAGAAGCUGAGCCACUACCUGGACGUGGUGGAGGUGAGCAUCGCCCGGCAGAUCUCGCUGCGCUCCGAGGCCUUUUUCCACGCCAUGUCCUCUCAGCACGAUCUGCAGGACCGACUGCAGGACACGCAGCGCGCCGUGGCCGUCCUGCGGGGCCGCACCGCCGCCAUCGACCGGGUCAUGUGCCAGGGGCCUCUGCGGGCCCUCCGCACCGCCCUGACCCGCAACAACUGCGUGAAGCUGCACAACAAGCUGAAGCUGAUGGCGGCGGUGCAUCAGACGCAGCCCACCGUGCAGCUGCUGCUCUCCACCUCCGAGUUCGUGGGAGCACUGGAGCUCAUCUCCACCACCAAGGAGGUUCUUCAGCAGGAGCUGCAGGGGGUCCACAGCUUCAGACAUCUGGGCUCUCAGCUGUGCGAGCUGGAGAAGCUAAUCGAUAAGAUGAUGGUGGAGGACUUCAGCAUGUACGCCCGCAGCGACCUGAACCGCUGCCUGAGGGACGAGCCGCAUGUCCUCGAGAAGGUCUAUAAACCAAACGAUGCCUCUCAGAAGGAGCGUCUGGAGUCUCUGGUGUUCGGCCUGCUGCGGCAGCGGAAGCUCGACUUCCUGGAUAUUUACAGCGAGGAGAUGAUCAUGGCGGUGAAAUCCAUCGUCUCUCAGUGCGUGGCAGAAAAUGUUUUGCAAAUAGAAGACAUCGACACUGAAGUGGUCACUAAGGUAGCGGACCAGAUCCGUCUGAUGACGUUCCCUCAGUGGUUCGAGCUGCUGAAGAACGUCUUUGAGAGUUUCCUGCUCUUCCUGCAGAGGAUCAAGGCCACGCAGAGCGUGAUCAAAAACGUGGUUCUGGAGGUUCUGGCGUCGACGCAGAAGCUCCGUCUCCUGGAGGAGGCCGCUCUGGUUCAGGAGGCUUCUCCCGGCCUGGCGAUGCUGCAGGGGGGGGCGGAGCUGGCCUACCUCACCCACGAGGGUCUGUUCAUCAGUGACGCUCUAAACGAGGCCCAGCAGCAGCAGCAGGGGGUCCAGGAUCAGGGCUCUGUGGUCGGGGUGAGGGGGCAGCAGAGCCGGGCGGAGGCAGCCGGCAGCGACUCCGCCUCCGGGUACACCGAGACCUCCGUCAGCCGGGAGCAGAGCUUCAUGUCUUGUGAGAACAUGAUGCCGUCUGAUAUGGAGCUGAACCGAGUGAUGAGCCACCUGAAGGAGCUGUUGCACACCGCCUCCGACGUCAGCCACGACCGCUGCGUCAAAGUGCUCACCGCCAGGGCGAAGGACGGCUCUCUGGAGCGCCUGAGCUCGGCGGAGUUUGUGCUGCUCUCUCAGACGGUGGAGGGUUUCGUCCGGGACACGGAGGAGCUGUGCGGCCGGCGCAGCGGCUCCCUGCGGGGGGCGCUGCAGAGCCAGGCCAACCGCUUCGUGCACCGCUUCCACGAAGAACGCAAGAACAAACUCAGCCUCCUCCUGGAUAACGAGCGCUGGAAGCAGGCCGAGGUUCCUGCUGAGUUCCAGGAUCUGGUGAACUCUAUCGCUGAUGGAAGAAUAACACUACCAGAGCGCAAAAUCCCAGGUCCAGAGGACAGGAAGCCUGCUGAGUUUCUGCUCGUCAACGGGCAGAAAUAUGCCGUCGUCGGGACGGUGCUGCUGCUGAUCCGGAUCUUUCUGGAAUACUGUCAGUGUGUCAACGACAUCCCAUCCAUCGCCACCGACAUGCUGACACGUCUGUCGGACCUCCUCAAGCACUUCAACUCUCGGAGCUGCCAGCUGGUUCUGGGAGCCGGUGCUCUGCAGGUCGUCGGCCUGAAGACCAUCACCACCAAAAACCUCGCAUUAGCCUCCCGCUGCCUGCAGCUGGUGGUUCAGUACAUUCCCAUCAUCAGAGCUCACUUUGAAACCAAGCUGCAGCCCAAACAGUUCAGCGUGCUCAGACACUUCGACCACAUCACCAAGGACUACAACGAUCACAUAGCGGAGAUCUCUGCUAAGCUGGUGGCCAUCAUGGACAGUCUGUUUGAGAAAGUUUUAUCAAAGUAUGAAGUGAAGGCUCCGAUGCCCUCGGCCGUUUUCCGAAACGUCUGCAAACAGAUGGCCAAGAUGCACGAAGCCAUUUCUGAGCUCCUUCCUGAAGAGCAGACGCAGAUGUUGUUCCUGAGGAUUAAUGCCAGUUUUAAGCUACACCUGAAGAGGCAGCUCGCUCGACUCGGGGUCGUUAAUGAUGGAGGACCACAGAACGGGCUGGUGGUGGUGGACGUAGCGUUCUACACGGAGAACGUGCAGGCGCUGAAGAGUCUCGACCGGCUCGAUCUGAACAUGGUGGAGAUCUGGGAGCAGAAGAGGUGAUGGGAGGAGGAGGACGACGACGACGGGACAUCCAGCAUCAACCCACUGACCCGGAGACAGAGUGGGGACGACCUCGGGUGGAGGAGGCCCGGAGGGGACCAAUAAACACAAAACCGGGGGCUUCCUGAGCGGCUCCACCUUAAGAACUGUUAUGGAGAAACACACAGAGCCUCCUUAAAAACUGCUGAUUACUGUGUGCAAUCCAACAGAGAAGCUAGUAAGUUAUUAGAGACGGUUUUAGUGGGAGUGAAGGGUAUAGAUAAUAUUUGUGAAAAGACGGGUAAUUUAUUUUUCUGUCGUCUUGGAAACACUCUACACUGGCGGACGUUUUUCCUCCACGCGUCGGAGGGAUGAAGGGAUUUUUAUCAGCAACGCACAACGAUUUUUUUUCUGCCGCUGGUUUCGCAGAUUUCACAGCCGAGGAUCCAGGGUUCAGAUCACAUGACCCGCUGCGGGGGAAUAAUAUUUUUCUGCUCUUUUUCUGUAGGAAUCAACCGGUUUCUUUAUCCAAUCAUCUGAUGAUUUUGGUUUUAUCGCUGUGGUGACGUGGUGGAAAUGGAUUCUUAAACUUUUAUACUUAAGAAAUAUUUUCAAGGCGUGGGAAUCCAGACGAUGUGAGACCUGGAGGAAUCAAAAAGAUGUGUAAUUGAAGAGUUAACUUCCUAAAAAACGUCAAAUUAAAACAUCAGGACCGUGAAGGCAUCACUACUCUCAGCUACGACCUGUCCCUACCAAAGUAAAACUCCUAUCUGGGGGAUUUCUCUUCAAUUACACUUUUGAUAUCUUUAAAUUAUGCAUUUUUCUUCAGCUGAGUGAUCUUCAGUGGUUGCGAUGAAGGAGAGGCGAAGGGGAUUUUUCUACGUGUUGUUUAACGAUGAGACUGCAGAACAUGAAGCAUGAAACUCAGCUGCUGACUCAAACUACUGUUCUCCUGCUGUGGGUUUAUUUACUCUGCAUGAUCAGAGCGGGAGCCUUUUGUUUCCUGUGGAGUUCAGACGACUGGAAACGGAGCAGAAAAUCUGAUGCAGGUUUUAAAUAUCUUCAGUGGAACUUUAAAACAGGAGCUCCAGAACUGAGAACCUGAAAACCUCACAUAAAAAGUAUUACUGCUGCAAAAUAAUGCGGUCAGUUUCAUCCAACACUCAAAAAUCCCUUUCUGAAUAUAACAUUUGAAAAGAGUAGGCGAAACUCACGUUGCUAAAACUGAAAUUGUUGACCAACAAAAACAACUAAAUUUACUGAAUUGUUGUUUAUUAUAAAAAUACACUUCAGCAACUUAGGUAAAACAAGCUCUACAUUUAACGGAAUUAUUUUUCAUUCAAAUUCCAGUGUUUAUAAUUAAGCAGUGAUCACAUUUUCUCCAAACUUUUUUCUCCAAAUUUCAGAUUUUAGUGAAACAUCAUAUUUUUUUCCCAGAUUUGGAUUUUUUUCGGAUUUUCUCAAAAGCUUACUUUUUUUUCACAUUUUCUCUAAAGAAUAAAAAAGGUGAGAUAUCCUCCAAACAUCAGACUCUUUUUUUAAGCAGAUUUAUUUUUUCUUCUCAUUUUCUCCAAAGUGUUGUUUUGUUCAGAUUGUCAAAAAAAGUCAGAAUUUCUAAAAAUAAAAUAUAUAUUAUUUCAGAUUUUGUCAAAAAUAUAAAUAAAUGAGAUUUUCUCAAAAUGUUGCAAAAAAAAUAAACAAAUUCUUAAUUACUUCAGACAUCAGAUUUACUCCAAACAUCAGAUUCUCUGUUCCCGAGCUAAACUCAGUCGUUCUCAGCUCCGUCUUGAAGAAACACCUCUGUCCCGCUGCCGUCACAUCACCGUCAGUCCCUGCUCCCUAAAAGAGAAACACUACGUCGAGCUCUACAUCAUUAAGGAUGAGCAGAGACCCUGCACCUCCUCCGGCAUUAACUGCUGAAGUACUUUAAUACAGGGAAAUAGAUCCUGCUAUCCUGAGGUUUAUGGAGCUACAACAGCUGUCCUCAGAAUCAGAGCUCAAUGUCCUCUGGAUAUAUUUUCGAUCCGGGGACCGUGAUGUGACUGCAGCCGCCCCAAAAACAGAGAUCCUCCUCCCUGCUUCAGAAGUGCCUACUUUUGACUGUCAGACGACACAUCUGAGCUCUCCACUACAGUGUGCCUACCAUACCACUGUGUGUGUGUGUGUGUGUGAGAGAGAGAGAGAGAGAGAGAGAGAGAGAGUGAGUGAGUGUGAUUGUGUGUGUGUGUGUGUGGAUGAGUCUGGCUGCAUGUCUGAGAAUCCAAAAUGUCUUGAAUCCUUCAAACCUGAUGUGAAUAAAACAGGAUGAUGGAG